AUGUUGCUCAGUGAGCGCAUGAUAGCGUCUCCGGAGCGCGAAACGGCAAUGGACAGCCUCUUGAACUCUCUUGAGGACGAAGGAAUGAAUAUAGAGCGCCAGGAAAAAGAUGAGAAAGAAGGGAUGGCUCCCGUGCCAAAAGUGGCGCGGCUUCUGCGCGACGGUCAGGGAAAAUUUAUGUACAUUGGUGAUUCAGCAAGUUUGUCAUUUUUACAGAGUCUACGCCGUGUUGUGACAAGUUCUAUUGGCCGAUGUGAGUUCACCGAGGACAACUCGCGACACUCAAUGCUCGAAGCUUUUCAGGGCAACCCAGGCACCCAGCCCGGAGCUCUAGUUGCGCCACCAAACAACAAAGAAGCCCAACGACUAGCUGGCCAGUUUUUGCUUGCUACAAGCCCAUUGCUUGACUUAUUUGAUCAGGAAGAGUUCCAUCCACGGCUAGCUAAUUGGAUUGCAAACCCAUCGAGUGACGAAGAUAUCGUUAGCUCUAUCUUCUAUCUUGUCCUUGCCAUUGGAGCCCAGGUUUCCGAUUUUGACCAGAAAAGAGCUGAACAAUAUUUUGGAAGCGGUCGUCAAUUGGCGUUCUCGGCCUUUCAGGAAACCCCGAGCAUAUCCACCAUUCAAUCAUACAUUUUGGUCUCCAUGUAUAUGCUCGGCGCAUGCAGGCGCAAUGGUGCAUUUAUGAACCUGGGGAUUGCUCUACGUGCUUCCUAUGCAGUAGGAAUUCACCGCAAGGAUGCAAAUGCGCUUUUUGGUGGGCGUGAGCGCCGAGCGAGGGAGCGAGUUUGGAAGAGUCUUCGGAUGAUGGAUCUAUUCCUCAGCGCCUCCCUGGGACGCCCUCCCGCAACUUCAGAUUACGACUAUGAUACACGAGAAGAUGCUCUUAUUUCGGGGGAAUUACAACAUCAAUUGACCGCAGACCAACAGCUUUCUGCUGCUGUGAUUUCGCUUUGUCGAAUAUUCGAGCGAAUCUUGACCGAUGUGUACAUGAAGCAAGUCAUAUCGAUCAAUGUUGCAGAGAUGAUCUCCAACCAGCAUCGGGCUUGGGUUCGCAUUCUGCCAACAAUCCUCAAAAUGCAAUCUGAGCGGCACGAAACCAAAUUGAUCGAAAACAGCCUAGCUGCAGCUCACUUAUUCGGGUCAUAUUACUGGUCGAUUAUCUUAUUGACAAGGCCAUUCCUCAUAUACCGUGUCGCCCAGUAUGUCAAAGGCAAAUCCGAUUCAUCCUCAGACACUCAAAACGGCAGCUCCCGAAUAUCCUUGUAUGCCGAUGCAUGUGUCUAUUCCGCACUCCGUGGUCUAGAUGUUGUCGAUGAUCUCAGUCACUACACCUCCCUUCCACGUCGACUACCCUUCUUGAUCAACUCCGUUUUUAACUCUGUUAUUGUCCUCGGCGCUGCAUUCUUUGCCGACUACGAUAACAUGCUCCCCCUGGAAGAAGGAAUGAACAAAGCCGAACGGUUUCUAGGGCUAUUUGUCCCGCAUGAUCCACAUGCAUGCCGUUUCUUCCAGAUCAUCAAAUACCUCCGCGCUGCUGUAACCGAAUACGUUUCCCGGCGAAAUCGGCAGUGGAUGAAUAGGCGUAGCAAGCAGGUCGACCAGUUAUUUGGCCAAGUAGGUGGUGAUGAGGAUCGUAACUCUCCGACCCCAGGAGCUCCACUUUUAACUGGCCCAAGUGAUGCUCACUCUGCAACUGCACUAUCCCCUACGUCUGCCGACAAAAUGCCUAUUGGAACUCCAUCCUCAUACAUCCCCCCCCAACCGCCCCUUCAACCCCAACUUUCAACUGACAACGAUGUUUGGGAAGCCCUGUGCAAUGGCUCAGACCCCACCGCAGCUUUGUCUUACGAUGCAGCCAUUUCUGCAUUAACUACCUCGGGCAUCCCGGUGGGCUGUUCUCCCGGCGGGACUAUCCCUUCCGGUCCGCCCCCAGUGUCCGGCCCAUCCCCGCUUUCUGACGUGAUGUUCCCAGAUAAUGGUCUGCUGUAUAUGGCCGAGGAUCUUCCAGUUUUUGGCAUCUGGGGCGAUGAGUCGUGA